GACGAUGACGAUGUUCAUACGGAUGAGGUGAAAGUUUUCGCCCGACUUCAAACCUGGGUUUCGCUUCUAAAGGGUGAACUUGGUUUUCGAAAACGCGACUUUGCAUCGAUUUUUGUAGACUUCGGCUGAAUCGAUCUCUAAUUUCUGGGCUGCCGUGUCGUCUGCAAUGCAUGAUGACGCUCGAAUCACAGCCGGGAUGAAGUAUUUUUGCAGACGACGGCACCGAGCGUAGCUUGUGUGUGCCACCGUGAGUAAGGUGUUUUGGAGACAGAACGCCGUGGGCAUUGCAUUGCCUGAUUCCGUUCUCAGUGCAUUCUUGGCAGUGUGUGUGUGUGCCUCUGUCUUCGACCGUCAGAGACAGAAGCUUUCUUCUCGUGUCGCGCGUGUGUGUUUGGUGCUCGACGGGCGCAAGCGAACGUAUAGGAGAGCAGGGAUUUCUCCGAGGCACGUUGUCAUUUGGCUGCCGCGUACUUUGGAAUCUCACCAGGCGGCAGCGGUUGGUCCUCUUGCGAAGAUCUAUCAUCAGUUUUCCGAAGAGAGUACCCGUAUGUAGCGAGGGAUUCCAAUGCGGCAAGACCCUUUCAAAUGAUGACCUCGGAGUGUCCGGCUGGUGGGCACGCGCGCCGCGGUCUUCCCAGCUGCCCCUUGGACAUCGGCUGAAGGCGCAUGUGGCUGCGUUGGGUCAUCUUCACCUGACGCACCAUGUCACUGGUGAUGGUGACACCCGCUGCCGAAGAGAUCAUCCCACCAGGACUCCAUCCGGUCUCGAAUGACUGGCCCGCCGCGUGCUUCCCGUCGAGCAGCAAGCCGACUCUGGUGCUGGGGCGCAUGCACUCGGAGCCCGAGCGUGCUCUGCCGCUCGUCGAGUUCAAACAGCUCGAACCCCCAGCGCCGCCGAACUACCGCUCCUGUCCGGAGAUUGGACCUCAGAUUCAAGUGCACGCCCCGAGUCUUGGAGGCGUCGGGGGCGGCGGUGAGGACGAGGUUCGUCAAGCGUCCGUCUGGAGCGCCUCCGGCAGCAGCGAUGUUCCGGAAGGCGGAGUCGCAGAUGGCGCUGCGGUGGGGGCGACUUCGGGACCGGCGCCGAAGCGCCCUCACCUCUGGACGCCGCACACGCGGCUGGGACUGAGCGCGCGGCUGGAGCAUUCGUUCUUGACGCGGACGGUGUCCCGCGAGAGCGUGCGCUGCGAGGGCAGCGGCGGCGGCGGCGGUGGUGGUCCGGCGCCGCUGACGACGUCCCUACGCCAGCUGCACCGCGACAACGAGAUCGCCGAAAUCGCGGCCGACUCGAUGCGCAUCAAUGGGGCUUUGCGCCACUUCAAGCACUUGCGCAAGCCCACCUCGACGCUGUCCAUCCCAGCGGCCAUGAAGCAGCAGGCCCAACAGCAGCAGUCGAGCGACAGCGACGGCGCAGGCAUCGCGCUCGUCGGGGUGCAUGCCGAGCGUCAGGGCGACGACGGGCGACGCUUCCUGAAGGGCCAUUCGGCAGGAGGAUCUAGCACAGGUGGAGGAAGUCGCUUUCAUAAGCCCUCUGUUGGGUACCGGCUCGGUCGACGUAAGGCUCUCUUUGAGAAGCGGAAAAGGAUCAGUGACUACGCACUAGUCAUGGCACUCUUUGGCAUCAUUAUGAUGGUGGCUGAGAAUGAACUUUCAGCCGCAGAAGUCUACAAAAAAUCGUCGGUGUAUUCAAUGGCUGUGAAGACGCUGAUAUCGGUAUCUACGAUAAUGCUGCUGGGCCUUAUAGUAGCCUACCACGCUCUAGAGGUUCAGCUCUUUAUGAUCGACAACUGCGCUGAUGACUGGCGCAUAGCGAUGACUCCCAGACGAGUGGCGCAGAUCCUGGCGGAGCUAGUCGUGUGCGCUGUGCACCCCGUGCCUGGAGACCAGCACUUCACCUGGACCACCAAGCUGGCCAACCACGGCAACCGGCUACGGACCCGCAUCGUGCCGGUUGACGUGACCCUAUCGCUGCCCAUGUUCCUACGGCUCUACCUCAUCUGCAGGGUGAUGCUGCUCCACAGCAAACUCUUCACCGAUGCCUCUUCGCGUUCCAUCGGUGCCCUCAACCGUAUCAAUUUUAACACGCGCUUCGUGCUCAAGACCCUGAUGACCAUCUGUCCGGGCACGGUGCUGCUUGUGUUCAUGGUGUCGCUGUGGAUCAUUGCAUCCUGGACAUUGAGACUGUGCGAAAGGCAUCACGACGAGGAACAUGCGAACCUGCUAAACACCAUGUGGUUAACAGCGAUAACCUUCCUCUCCGUGGGCUACGGGGACAUUGUGCCCAACACUUACUGCGGCAGGGGAAUUGCCGUCACUACUGGACUAAUGGGAGCCGGUUGUACUGCUCUCGUUGUAGCUGUGAUAGCCCGGAAGCUCGAGCUCACAAGAGCUGAGAAGCACGUUCAUAAUUUUAUGAUGGACACUCAGCUUACGAAACGACUAAAAAAUGCAGCGGCGAAUGUGUUAAGAGAAACGUGGCUGAUCUACAAGAACACGAGGCUCGUGAAAAGAGUGAACCCUUCCAAAGUGAGAGCGCAUCAGCGCAAGUUCCUUCUCGCUAUAUACAGUCUCCGAAAGGUUAAAAUGGACCAAAGGAAGCUUAUGGAUAAUGCAAAUACAAUAACAGACAUGGCGAAGACCCAAAAUUCGGUGUACGAGAUGGUGUCCGACAUGAACGCCCGUCAAGAGCUGUUCGAGGAACGUCUGACCACACUGGAGGAGCGACUAGCAGCCAUCCACGAACAACUCGAUGCCCUUCCAGACACCCUGGCCCGGUGCUGCGUGCAGUUGCAGCAGCACCUACAGAAUCCGCCACCCUGUUCAAGCCUGCCUUGCCACGCGAGCCUUCCUCCUCACGGAGGACAUGUGGAACCUCCCGUAGCUCCCCACCCCCAGAGGCACACCCACCUUCACCCAGACGAUGCAGCCUCACUUACCACGCGUCCCAGCUGGUCUUCAGUGAACCUUUCGGGUGGGCGACUGGGUGUGCUCGCCCCCGCCAUGGUUGCCCGGUCGGGCUCCACUGAGAACUGACAGACUUGGCACCAUCAAAACACACGAGCAGUUCUUCGUCUUCGUGCGGGUCACUAGGCCUAGCUAGCGCCCCCAUUUGCCCAAACUCCAAGGACCUCGCGUCAACGGGGUCCCCCUCAGUGCUGCAAGGGAUGUGGCUCAGGCCUGAGCUUGAAACACUCGGCCAAAUAACGUCAAGUGUCCUAUUAUCUCGAGCUGCCUUGCAGUUUUUAUAAACUGUUUCCACACGCGUUAUACAGCAGGCCCGAUUGAAGGAUGGGGCUACGCAAACAGCACGACACGAAAGCACACUUUGACGCGUUCGUUCCAAACGAUACAGCGCGUGGUCCUGAUCUAUAGCGUCAUCCUUCAAUCGGAGGACAACCUGAGAUGCACUGCAUUGUGAGAGGAGACUUUUAUCGAGACAUCAAAACGGUAGACUGGGUAGGUUAGGUAUUCAUCAUUCUGGGAUCCGCCGGUAUGGCGUAUGGGAUCCAACUCAGAAAGCGAUACUUAUAAGCUAUUGAAAUGAUACUACGGGACCGACCAAGUGUUGGCUAUCACGGUGAGUGAGAUGCUUGGAUCCCGCAUGAAACUAUACGUGCGUUGAUGCCUCACUGAGUCCCACACAGACUGUGUAAGUGUGUAUAGGGGUUUAAGGGCGUUUUUGGGAGAUUGUGCAAACGUAUAUUUUUGAUUCUCGGGUGUUUUCGUUUGAGCAUGUAUAUUUACGGGCAGAUAAUGCACGCCUAAACAUUGGUAAGUUUGUGCCUUUCUAAUUGAGACCAAUGCGAGCUACAGUUGAACCUUCUUAUAAGAGACGCGAAUAUGAAGUGCAACUAUGGUGGAAGACAAUGGUUGUUCAAUUGGGUAUCGCUUCUUGUACUUGUUGAUAGCAUUUAGCGCAGUCGCAAUAACAAUACGUUCCUGUUACGCUGGAAGCAUUGCAGGUUAUCGUGGUAGCAAAUUAGGCCAGGAAUCUAUUUUAAUAUUCACACCUUCUCGCAAUUAUUAGGAGGAGUGAAUUCUACAUGACACUUUACAGUAACCAUAUUCUAUAACGGCACCCUCCCCGGGAGACCUUGUCUGUUGUACCGAGGUUCAACUGUAUUUCACGAAAAGCGAACACGUGAAUCAAAAAACAGGUGUACAAUACGUCAAGCUUUUAAGAAAUGGCGCUGGAAGCUUAGGGUCAUCAUUCGUUAGAUGUCUUACUGGGUAUGUAUACUCCUGCUGCACCCAGGAGAAAUGUGGACAUGGCCUUUAGAUCUCAUUUUGCACGAAUGUGCACCUCAUGCAGACCCAUCUAAUUUUGCGUCACCAAUAUACGUCUUCGAUGACACUUCAUUUGCGCCGGGAAAAUACACGCUGCUAUUUUAUUCGUCGCUUCAACGAGGCUGAGAGAAAAACAAUGACAUCUCCAUCUUUUGUCCUUUGUCGUGAUACAGUUUGGAGUACCGAGUCGUUAAAUGACCAUUCAAUAAUGAAUGCCCAGAGCCAACGGUUAUUUUCCUACAAAAUCUGAUGACAAGCACGUUGGUUAUGAAAAGGCGAGUCGACAGUUGUAUAGUUAAGUAGAAUUUACGUGCGGUCGUCGGAGCUGAAUAGAUAUAUAUGGCUGGAUUUGAAGAAGCUGAACGGAAUCUUUGUUUAUCGCCUUUAUUCGCCUCGAAUCCAGUGACCACACCAUAUCGUUACGCUUCAUCUAAUUGCAGUUUGUGACCACAUUGAUAACUCAGUUACACAGACUGUUGUGCAUACAGAGUGACAGAUCACUGCACGGCACUGGGGAACAUUGAAUUUUACUAGGGAUGGGCCAACCGAUUCCGCGAAUCCUUGAAUCCCUGAAUCCUAGGCAGGGAAUCCAGAUUCGGGAAUCCGAAUCCCAGUGCCCAAAACAGCGAAUCGAAUCUGUGGAAUCCGCCAACCACGUUUGUUUGUUUCUUUAUAAAAUUUGUCUGGAGUCUGCCGAAAGCCCGAUUGGCCGGCGGGCCCCGCGGGGCGCGCCAAAACCACAGCGUAAAGCUCCGACAUUAACAAGUUUAAAAGCAACACGGUUUUGCUUUCGAUUGUUUCUUAGUCUUAUGGAAGGAAUUCAGACUCGAGAUCUUAUGUGUUUCUCGUAGUCGAUGAACAACAUGUUAAAUAAAUUAUACACUUAGGAAGAAGUAUAUGGGCACGUUUUCUCCCGAAUGUGAAUUAUUAUUUAAUUCGUUUUUCAUUAAACAAUGAUAUCAAAUUCUGCUUCAAAACACUGUUCGAUACAAGUGAAUUUUUUUUCUGGCUUUUUAACCUUUCUUUUUCUUUAAAAAAAAAAGAAUGGAUUCGAUGAUUCGUAAGAUUCAUGGAUUCGCACAUCCUUCCUUGAAUUUGGACUCGGAAAAUUCUGGAUUCGUCCAAUCUCAAAAUUUUACUGCAAAAGGUACUGCCCUCUAUAAACGCGCACUUGUUGUGAGCCAAACUGCGAGGGGAAACAAGCUGUGACGUAGGAGGGGAGGAAAGCUGGGAUUGGCCACGCGCCCCACGCACGUGUCACGUGUGUUGACCGGGCAGUCCUUAGCAGUACUCCGGAAAAGUUAAACAGACCCCCCCCCCCCCCCCCCGGACGAUCUCUGCCAGAAUGCUCGCUUCCGCUCACAUUUUCCUGCCUAUUCCGCGCGCGAAAUCAGGUUAUAUAUUGGGUCAGUGGGGGUAAAGUAGCAUCUGUAAUGACGCCGCGAUUAAACCAAACAAUAGUAAACCGGGUUUGACAGAGCACGUUGAUAAGCUGACAAGUCUUUGCUCUUGUGAUCACGGUGGAAGGAGACCUCGAACAUUUACUGGCUUUCAAAUUGGCACAAUACGUACUAGAUUAGUUUAAGAUUUCUAACAGACUGAACGUAGAAGUAGUUGUCCCAGUUAACGCGCUCAAACAGCGUUAAGCGAAAGCUAUGCGCCACUUUUGCAUAGGUUUGCGUCAUCUCUAGAGGCAGUGAGCAAUCCAUAAGCAACACGUUAGCUCUAGACAUCAUCAAAUGCACGUGCGUCUGUUUUAAUGCGGUGUUACAGUGACUGCAUUCAACCAUCCGGUAGAUUCAGUUAAACCCAUUUUUUGUAUUACUUUAUUUUCUAAUAGCAUAGGAACGUGCAGGUUACACGCGACCUCCAGUGCUGAGGACGCCACACCAAAAUACUAUUUUUAUCUCCUUAGGAGAGGUCUUUAAAGAGUAAGUUUUUAAUACACUCUAUAGGGCAAAAGGACGUUGACAUAGAGCAACAAAUUCUUUCAGUGAACGCAUGACUGCAUGUUGAGUUAUAGAAUUCUGUUUGCAUGUGACUUCGAGCUUGGGGGGAAAUAUACAAGUUUGAUUAUUGACCUCUGUGAUUUGUGAUUGUCAGGAUCGAGUAUCACUACUAAUCCGAUCAGGUUACACUCGGCAUUGCAUCAUUUUGCUGUCUUAUCCAGAAGAGUGCCAAAAGAAAAAAAAAAGAAAAAGAUCGCAGUUGGGUUAGAUCAAUGUUCCCCUUCGGAAUAAUGCCCAUGGGAACGGAAACGAUUUCUUUCUUGCGAGAAACGAAAAAGUUCUCUAAACUGAUGAAGGCUCUGGUGCUAAGACUCGAAAAGAAAUGAACACACAGAAAGGGUAGUUGCACGCAUACUCUGCAUCUAUACAUAUAACUUUCGAAAACAACGAUCGAUCAAAAUGACGCCAAUGAAGUUUCUUUGCGACGAUGACUCGUCCGACGUUAGUAUAUGAGAAUCUCAUCACAUGUAUAGUUCUCCUGUCAAUAUAGCAUGCACAAAGCAGUACACCAGGCAAGGCACUAUACCUCACUUUGUCUAGUGUCGGGGUCGGUGAUUGUGUCCAGGUGUGCGCAUUCCACCGAUGCGUGUUUUAUCUAUCUACGAUGAUAUCUCUCUGCUACGACGUGCGCUUGUCAUCAAGCAAGCUAUAGCCGUGGACCGGGAAAACGUCGAAGAGUUUCACCGGCAGCAUUCCGGGCACCGUGUGAAUGUACGUGCGAGUGGUGUGCGUGGUGACCUUGAAAUGACCUUCGCCUGACCUUGAACGUAGUGGCCUUUCUGGGGACGACUCAAACGUUCCACCGUGUGCGGCCGUCCAAAAUUGUAAAACUUGUACACUACACUUAUCUAUAGAUGAAUUUCACAAGUAGGUAUUACCUGCAUUUUUUUACACACGCAUUUAUGUUCUGCGCAUGUUUGCGCGCAUUGCUCUGCGGUGAUUGCACCCCCAAAUCCACCUCAGUGUUUAUAAAGGAUCCCUGAUUUUGAUACAAGCUUAUCAGAGUGCUCGGGACCAGUAGUUACCCGUCUGAUCGCACGAGCUGCAUUUCCACGGAACACUCAAAUGGCAGAAAAGGCAAAAAAAAAAAAAACUGUUCACGGGGCAGAAGUUCGGCCCCAUUUUCACAGCGCACAUAUAGCAGACGACACCAUCAGCCCUGUCGUCUGCUACGGAAUACCUGGUGGCGGAGCCAACACCACCUGGAUAGAGAAGGCCUGCUUACUCGUCGGCGUGCCGUAACAACUAAGAGUCAGCCAAUCAUGAUCGUACUUUCAACGGCGGUAGCCAAUCACGAACGUGCUUUCAGCGCUCGUAGUCAUGGAGUUAAGCCACCGUCAGCCGUACGGGCAGCCACUAUCGUCUGCGAGCAGUGAGCGUUUCCGCGUACUAAAUGGGAAAUCAAAAUAAAGCCCGAAACGGUCCCAUAUUUUUUCUCAAGACUAAUUUUCUGGAAAACGUGUUAAACUUAUAGUUUACAGGUUCAAAUUUGGGAAGUUAUAGCUGCAUUCAUUUGCGAGUUCUUGAAUUCGCAGAACGGCGAAUCGCGCUAGCAGACGAAUUCUGACUUUAUGUGUCCACGCAGCGAAGGAGGGAGAGGAGGCAUUAAGCAGGCCUAUCUAGGUGGCGUUGGCUGAGCCGCAGCAUAUUCCCUAUGACUAGAAACGCGCGAAAAGACGUGACGUUGAGUGCUCGUGCUCACGUGGCAGCAGAAAGCUAUGACGUUUUGAGCAUCUUCCGCAGGAGUGUCUCGGGGAAUGUCGCUCGCGCGGAGUACACGGUAUUUGUACCCAAACAAUCUGAACAAGCAGGGCAUUAAGUUGGUUUGUUCGACGUAAAAUGUUCGAUCAGACGACAAAAAAGAAAAUUGUGUUCUAAGCGUGCAAUUUCUUGAUAAUUUGUAACCAUUAAUGAGUACAUUUUUUUGUGCAUUGGCCCGAGUAAACCUUUGGGGUCGUUCUUGUUA